UCCAUGUGGUUAAAAAUCCACGAACCCUUGAUUCCAUGUGUUUAAAACGGGUCCUCCCGAGUUUGUCGGUGCCGUGCUAAAUUAUGGCGAAGACACGUGGAAAAGCUGUGAAAAAGGCAAAGGUGAGCAGCAGCAAAAAGUCCAAUAUCCGUUCCAGUAAGUCACUAACACCACGUCGUGCUCGCGCACUGGGAAAGAGUUCUAAGAGUACUUCAGGUAGCAGCAAACCCCCAAAAGGCUUCUGGAAUAGAGCCAGUUAUGCUGCUGGUGUUAAAGCUGGAGUUAUCAAAGAUAAGAGAGUCGCUAAUGAUGCAAGGAAACAACAAGAGCAGGGAGAUGAGAAAGGAAAGGAAAGAAAACUUGACAAUGUAGAACAUGAAGGAGAGGAAGAGGUAGAAGAAGAUGUUACAGAAGAUUUUGCUGGAGAGGAUUUGGAAUAUAUCCAAUCCAUGGGUUUUGGAGAAUCGUUUCUUUGCAGUGUUGAUGACAGCGAACUUCCAACACAACCCAAAAGCAGCAAGAGAAAGAGGGGUGACCAUGAUAAUAAAUUGGCUCCCUAUGAAAUGGAGCCAAGAUCAGUUCCUAAAGCAACAACCGAUGCCCAGAAAAAGAUGAAGCAGCUUCUUCCAAUUAAGCAUGCUAAGGGUUUUGAGUUCAGAUGGGAGGAGGCUCGUGAAGAAAAGAAAGAAGAUCAAAGUGUGGAGAAUGAGGUGGAUCAGGAAGAAGCUAAGAAAGAGGUCGAAGAUGAGAAGGUCCCUCUUCCAGCUCUUAGCACUGUGGAGUUAUUUGCCCUAAGACAGAGGAAACUAACACUAAGAAAACAGAGGAUAGCUGGUUUAUCACAUGCAGUACUAACUGAUCCAGAAAGACACAUUGGUAAAUUAAGGGACCUUCGUAUGAUGCUGUUUGAGAAAGAAAGAGAUGUUGCUGUAACAGUUCAGAAACUAACUAUGGUGUCACUGGUUGAGGUCUUUAAAGACAUUGCUCCUGGAUACCGUAUACGAGAAUGGGGAGACAAAGCCAAAUCAGUUGAGCUGAGCAAGGAUGUGAAGAAGAAAAGAGAUUUUGAAGAAGGAUUACUGAAGCAGUAUAAGGAAUACUUAACAUUCUUGGAAAAAGCUUGUAGAGGACGCAAAAAGAGUAAAAAACAAUUGCGUCGAGAACAGGAGGCAGGUAAAACGAUCUUUGAACUCCCAGACAAUGCGAAAAAGAGUAUCGCUGAGGUAGCUGCAAGAUGUCUGUGCUCACUGAUGACAAGCUUGCAUCAUUUCAACUAUCGUACCAACAUCAUUAAUGUUGUUGUUUCACUCAUGGUGGAUGAAAAUGAAGAAGUCUCCAACACAUGCUGUCUGAACAUCAGACAACUCUUCAAGAUUGAUUUCUUUGGUGAGGCAGUUAUAGACGCUGUUCGCUUUAUUAGUAAACUUGUUCGCAGUCAUAGCUACAAUGUCCAGCCUAAGGUUCUGAAUGUAUUCCUCUCCUUGAAGAUAAAAGAUGUUGCUCUACCUGAGGAAGGAGACAGAAAGAAGAAACUUAUUGAGAAGAAAGAGAAACUAAAGAAGAUGUCAAGAUCUCAGAAGAGACACCAAAAACGUCUAGCAGAGGUAGAGAAAGAACUACAAGCUACAGAAGCCACUGAGAAUAAAAACAAACGGAGGAAGCUGCAUACAGAAAUCAUCCAAUCUGUGUUUGCUACAUAUUUUCGUAUUCUGAAGAAGGCCAGUAAUUCUGUUCUGUUGUCAUCGGUCCUGGAAGGCUUAGCCAAGUUUGCUCAUCUCAUCAACAUUGACUUCUUCGAUGAUUUAGUAAAGGUUCUGUACACGUUGAUCGAUACUGGGGAUCUAAAGUAUAGAGAGAGUCUUCACUGCGUCUUGACUGCAUUUCAGAUUCUAUCUGGUCAAGGAGAUGUUCUGAAUAUUGAUCCAACUAAAUUCUACUCACUACUCUACGUAACCAUGACUCAAGUACAUGCAGGUGAAAGCUGUGGUGAUGCUAAGCUGAUUCUUGACUGUCUAGAAGCGAUGAUUACUAAACGACAUAAGCAAGUGACAUUCCAUCGUGUUUUAGCUUUCCUAAAGCGUGUUACUACACUAUCACUACAGAUGCUGCCUAAUGGUACAUUGGGAUAUUGUUGUGCCAUAAGGAAUAUCAUGAAGUGGUACCCCAAAAGUGACCAACUGCUUGACAAUGAAAGUUUAGGAAGUGGAGUUUAUCUUACUGAGUUACCUGAACCAGAGCACUGUAAUGCACAGAACACAGCACUAUGGGAACUUCAUCUUCUCAAGAGCCAUUACCAUCCAACGGUUAAAAAGUAUGCUGAUCACAUAGCACGAGGGAAUCCUUUGACUGGGGUAGGAUCACUACCACUAGACCUUUCAAGAAUGUCAGCACAGAAGACAUGUAAGCAGUUUAACCCCGCUUCUAUGACCUUUAACCCCCCGAUCGAUACUAAGAGAGUAAAACGGAAGACAGUGAACUUGUUGUCAGGACCAGAUUCAGAAUACGUCCAAAAGCAGUUAGAGGACCUUGUGAGUAAAACGUUAUCAUCAACAACAGAUUGCAAAGACAUCGAGGAAGAUCUCCCCUUUUCUCAUUAUCGGAACCACAAACUGAUUGUUGGAAACCAGUUGAAAAGGAAAGACAUGACAGAUGAUGAGGUGAACCCAAGAAAGAAACUUAAAGUUCCAAGUAAUGAGAGUACAGAGACAAUAAGGAAUGGUCAGACAAAAAUAGAAAAGCCCAGACACAAGCGAAAAAGUGGACAGGUUGUUAAGUGAUGGUAACUAGGAAGUAAUAUGUAUGCUUCAAUAUCCAACUGUAGGAAAAAGUGGACAGGUUGUUAAGUGAUGGUAACUAGGAAGUUAUAUGUAUGCUUCAAUAUCCAACUGUAGGAAAAAGUGGACAGGUUGUUAAGUGAUGGUAACUAGGAAGUUAUAUGUAUGCUUCAAUAUCCAACUGUAGGAAAAAGUGGACAGGUUGUUAAGUGAUGGUAACUAGGAAGUUAUAUGUAUGCUUCAAUAUCCAACUGUAGGAAAAAGUGGACAGGUUGUUAAGUGAUGGUAACUAGGAAGUUAUAUCUAUGCUUCCAUAUCCAACUGUAGGAAAUAGUUCUGGAAAGACAUUCACUAUCAAAGUUUGGGUAUUUUAAGUUCUUAAUUUGCGAUUUGAAAGUCUAUGCUAUUACAAAACUGGAAUCAAACCUGAUUUAAUUUAUCCGUUUUUAUGUAAUAAUCAUUAUUAACCUUAAAGGCAGUGGACACUAUUGGUAAUUACUCAAAAUAAUUAUCAGCUUAAAACCUUACCUGGUAAUGAGUA